CAGUUUUUUGUAAAGAAGCCAAAGGAUGAUUUUAGUCGCAGUGGUCAUAUUAGGCUAAUACGAUCGCUACUUGGUCAAGGGUGCAGUUUAGAGAAGUUAAAGCUAUUUGCUAAUAAUGAUAUGAGGCCUGAGUAG